AUGACGAAAGCAGACUCUUCUACUGGCAGCUUGAAUCGCUCCGAGCAAUACCGUCAACUCUUUUACAAGCAUGCUUCCGUUGAAAAGGAUGGUGACCAGUUUUUAUCCAAAGACGACUUUCUAGCAGCGAUCGCACCUGGUGAAGACUUUAAGAAGAUUCAACGUGAGCAAUUCGGUUUGCUUUUCAAGGUCGCCGACAAAUCGGGCAAGGGCAUGGUGUCGUUUGAGGAUUUCGUCAUCUUUCAAAACUUGCUAUCCAAACCCGAUGCUGAAUACGAGAUUGCAUUCCGAUUGUUUGACGUGGAUGGCACGGGCAAGAUCACCUUUGACCAGUUCAAGAAUGUGCUAUCGAGCAAUAUGCCAAAGGAUGCAGUGCCUUUUGACUUUGACUGCGACUGGUUGAAGUUGUACAUUGGUUCAAAGGAGGGACAACAUGAGUUGAGCUAUGAGGAGUUUUCGCAGCUUCUCAAGGGUCUUCAGGGUGAACGUUUGCGUCAAGAGUUCAAGCACUAUGACAAGAAGCAGAAUGGAUACAUCGAACCUGAGGACUUCAAGCGUAUCAUUUUGGAUAUUGCCAAGCACAAGUUAUCGGAUCAUGUUAUCGAUCAUUUGCCCACUCUAUGCAACUUGUAUGCAGGCACUGGCAACCAAAUCACUUUCUCCAACGUGGUUGCUUUCCACAACGUCAUUCGCAAUAUGGACAUGGUUGAGCUGGUGAUUCGACGUGCUGUUGAAAAGAGCCCCAAUAACAGGAUUAGCAAGGCUGAUUUCCUCAAUCACGCUGCCCAAGCUAGCCGCUAUACGGUGUUCACUCCUAUGGAAGCCGACAUUGUUUUCCACUUUGCUGGUGUUGAUGGUGGUGCCUCUGGCACUUUGAGCCUUGAUGAUUUCGGCAAGAUUUUGGAUCCCCGAUGGCGUCAUCCUCAACCUGAAAGACAAGUCCCUGUCAUCGAGCCUGUAAAGAAAUCUGGUUUGCUUUUUGAGAUCAUGGAGAAUGCCUAUGCUUUUGUAUUGGGCUCGAUUGCAGGUGCUGUUGGUGCAACCGCUGUUUAUCCCAUCGAUUUGGUCAAGACACGUAUGCAAAAUCAACGCUCCAAGGUGGUUGGUGAAUUGCUUUACAAGAACAGCUUUGAUUGUUUCAAGAAGGUUAUCAAGAAUGAAGGUUUUGCAGGAUUAUAUCGUGGUUUGGGUCCUCAGCUUGUGGGUGUUGCCCCUGAAAAAGCCAUCAAGCUUACCGUCAACGACUUUGUACGAAGCAAGUUGGCCGACAAGAAAACAGGCGAAUUACAAUUCUGGCAGGAGAUGAUUGCUGGUGGUGCCGCUGGUGGUUCUCAAGUUGUGUUUACAAACCCUCUGGAGAUUGUAAAGAUUCGUUUGCAAAUCCAGGGUGAGCAAGCUAAGAAUACGGGUGCCCCACGUCGUUCGGCUAUUUGGAUUGUCAAAAACUUGGGUAUUGUCGGCUUAUACAAGGGUGCAAGUGCAUGUUUGCUUCGUGAUGUUCCAUUCUCGGCUAUCUAUUUCCCUGCAUACGCCCAUUUGAAGAGAGACAUGUUCCACGAAGGCCCUGAACACAAGUUGACAAUCACUGAAUUGUUGAUGGCUGGUGCUAUUGCUGGUAUGCCUGCUGCUUACUUCACAACUCCUGCCGAUGUGAUCAAGACUCGUCUUCAAGUGGAGGCUCGUAAGGGUCAAACUUCGUACAAUGGUAUUGCUGAUGCUGCCAGGAAGAUCAUGCGUGAGGAAGGCUUCAAGGCAUUCUUUAAGGGUGGUCCUGCAAGAAUUUUCCGCUCAUCACCACAAUUUGGUGUCACUCUUACUGUUUAUGAGAUCUUGCAUCAAGCUUUCCCUCUACCAGGAAGCCAUUCGUCUGCUGCUACUGGUGCUACAAGCUCACCUGCUCCACAAGCCCAACAAGACUUUGGUCCUCUUCGAUCAAGAAAUGCUCUCAAGAUGCUCUUAGACCUCGAUUAUAGAUUUGGUGUGUACAGACCCACCGCCCCUGCUGCUGAUAAGGCGUAG